ACCGCCAUCGUCCUGAACACCUUCACCGGCCUUAACCCGGACAUUGACGCCGAACUCGCCUCCCUCUUCAGGAACCAUCUCCCCAUCGGCCCCUUCAACCUCCUCAACAACGACACUAUGGUCAACUACAACAACGGCGACUACGAAUGCCUAUCCUGGCUCAACCGCCACGGCCCUGCCACUGUCACCUACAUCAGCUUCGGCACGACGAUGGCACCUGGACGGUCCGACCUAGAGGAGCUCGCCCACGGCCUAGAAGCCGCCGGCGUUCCGUUCUUGUGGUCGUUGAGAGGUAAGGCAAGGGAUGGGCUCCCCUCAGGGUUUCUCGACAGGACUAAGGGGAGGGGGCUCACCGUGGCGUGGGCCCCACAGGUUAGGGUGCUGGCCCACGCGGCGGUGGGGGCGUUCUUGACGCAUUGCGGGUGGAACUCAGUAAUGGAGGGCAUCACCAACGCCGUGCCGAUGGUGUGCAGGCCGUUCUUCGGGGAACAAAAGGCGAACGCGAGAAUGGUGGCCGAGGGGUGGAGGAUAGGGGUGGCGAUCGACAGUGAGGGCGUGGCGAUGAGGGAGAAGGUUGUUAAUGCUCUGAAAAUGGUUUUGAGGGAGGAGGAAGGCAGGAGAAUGAGGGAGAGGUUAGGAGAGAUUAAGAAGCAAGCGGAGAAGGCGGUUGGAGACGGCGGGAGUUCAAGGGAGAAUUUUAGAAGAGUUUUGAAGGUAAUAUGCGGCGGUCUAGAUGGCUGAUGGUACUUGAAGUUCUAUGAUCAAAAGAUUAUUGUUGACCGUGUUUUAAUGUUGGCCAUUUGCGGAUUCAUAUCCUAUAUCCACUACAAAUAAAUAAUGGAGAGAUCACUGCUACAUCAUAACUGCUAUUUGUUUAAUGGAGGUUGCGAUUUGGCUUUGAACAUAAACUAGGAAAUGAGUACAAAUCAUGGGGGCAUGCAUGAUGAGUGUCAGAUAAUUUGGAAUGGAUCAUAUAAUCAGUUGUUAGACAAAUCAACGACUAUGAUUACUAUAGUGGUCUUGUAGCGGAAAGGAUCUAAAUUUGUGAUUUGCUUUCAUACCCUAAUUAUUUUAAUUGUAUUGAUACUUACU